CCCACCACGGAAGAAAGACAAAGCAAGAGAGUACGACCGAAGAUGAGACAAUGAAAGCAAGACGGGGAGCUGAAUCUCAAGAGCGAAAGAAGACAUAGCACAGAAGAAAUUAAAAAGUUUUCCCCAGAUGGAGUUGUGGCGACAGUGUGCGUUGUGGUUGAUCGAGUGCCGUGUCCUACCUGAGACUCACAGGGUCACAUGGGAGGGCGCACAGGUGUGCGAGCUGGUUCACGCCCUGAGAGAUGGCGUGCUGUUGUGCCAGCUGCUCAACAACCUGCUGCCUCAUGCCGUCAACCUGCGAGAAAUCAACCUGCGUCCUCAGAUGUCCCAGCUCCUGUGCUUGAAGAAUAUCCGCACCUUUCUGAAUGUAUGUCACGAGAGAUUCCAUCUGAAGAAGAGUGAACUAUUUGAGGCCUUUGACCUGUUUGACGUGAGAGACUUCGCCAAGGUCAUUGAUACCUUGUCUAUCCUGUCCCAUUCUUCCAUUGCUACACAUAAAGGACUCCAGCCUUUUCCAUUGGAAGGAAGUGCUCUUGAUGAUGAAAUCUACAGCGGCCUGUCCGACCAGAUAGAUGACACAGUAGAUGAAGAUGAUGACCUCUAUGAGUUUGUGGAGGAUGAGGAGAAUGAGGGGGAUGAGAUCUAUGAAGACUUGAUGAGGACGGAUGAACCCCCAGAAACACAGCAGAAAACUGGGGUAGACAAGAGAGAGUGCUGCCUGCAGGAGAUCAGACAGACGGAGGAAAAAUACUCGGACACACUGGAGUCUAUUUUACAGCACUUUAUGAGGCCGCUGCAGAAGUUCCUCCAGCCACAAGACAUUGAGAGCAUCUUCAUUAACACACAGGAUUUGGCUGAAACCCAUCGGACGUUGUUGGAGGAGAUCCGUAGCUCCAUCCUAAAUCAUGGAGCCGAGAACCUCCAUCAGGUCUUCUUGAGCUAUAAGGAAAGGCUCUUGUUGUACGGCCGUUACUGUAGUCAGGUGGAAACGGCGACAAAACACCUGGACAAGCUUUCCAACACGAGGGAGGAUGUGAGGAUGAAACUCGAGGAGUGUUCCAAGAGAGCCAACAGUGGGCGCUUUUCUCUCAGAGAUUUACUCAUGGUCCCCAUGCAAAGAGUCCUCAAAUACCACCUGCUCUUACAGGAGUUGGUGAAACACACCACCGACCCCACAGAGAAGGAAAACCUUCGCACAGCCCUCGAUGCCAUGAGAGACCUGGCCCAGUGUGUGAAUGAGGUGAAGCGAGACAAUGAGAUCAUCAGACAGAUCACCACCUUCCAGCUGUCAAUAGAAAACAUGACUCAGUCUCUCGCUCUGUUCGGUCGUCCCAAGAUCGACGGAGAGCUGAAGAUCAGCGUCUCAGAGAAGAAGUCUAAACAAGACAGGUAUGCAUUCCUGUUUGAUAAAGCCAUGUUUGUGUGUAAGAAGAAGAGCGGAGAGACUUUUGAACUAAAGGAGAUCAUUGACCUACAGCACUACCAGCUACGAGAUGAAAGCACGGGAGAGAAGGACAAUAAAAAGUGGUCCCAUGUGUUCCUCCUGCUGGACUGUUAUGGGAGGUGUGGGUAUGAUUUGUUCUUCAAAACCAGAGAACUAAAGAAGAAAUGGCUGGAGCAGUUUGAGAUGGCUCUGUCAAACAUGUGUCCAGAGAACGCCACAGCCAACAACCAUGACUUCCAGAUGCACUGCUUUGAGGACACCACCUCCUGCAAGGCCUGCUGUAUGCUGCUGAGAGGGAUUUUUUUCCAGGGCUAUCGCUGCACUCGGUGUAAAAUGGCUGCACAUAAAGAAUGUUUAGGCAGAGUCCCCACCUGUGGACGGAACUCAGAUCAUUCUGGCACUAUAAAGAAGAAUAAGACACAGAGGGCCUCCCAACAUAGCAAACUGGGCCUUCCUAAAAUGGAGGUGAGCCAGGAGUAUUACGGCUUGCCACCGCCCCCCGUGGCUUUUGGCCAACCACUUCACCUCUCCAAGAGUGAAAUAAUCGAGCUGACUCGGGCCGAGGCUGACCUGCAAUGGUGGGAGGGCAAGAAUGUGAUGACUGGUCAGAUGGGAUGGUUCCCCUGCACCAAAGUCCAGCCGUACGUCCCUAGGCCGACCCCUGACCUUUCUGGCUUCCACUGGUUCGCUGGGAAUAUGGACCGCACGGCUGCCAAAAACCUGCUGAUGCCUCGGUCAGACGGGACUUUCCUUGUCCGGCAAAAAGAUGGUGGAGAGUUUGCUAUCAGCAUCAAGUUCAACAUGGACAUCAGACACAUAAAGAUCACCUCCACCGAGGGUCUGUACCGCAUCAACGAGAAGAAAGCAUUCAAGAGUGUAAUCGAACUGAUUCAGUUUUACCAGCAGAACUCUUUAAAGGAGUAUUUCAGGGACGUGGACACCGUACUGAAGACUCCCUAUAAACAACCAGAGCAAAGCAGCACGCCCAACAACACACCAUCUCCAGGGGGCAGCAUGCGGAGUUUUGGCGUAGCGAGAGCCAGGUACGACUUCUCGGCCAGAGACCGGACGGAGCUGUCGCUGCAGGAGGGAGACACCAUCAAGAUCCUGUCCAAGAAAGGCCACAACGGCUGGUGGAAAGGAGAGGUGUACGGCCGGGUGGGGUUCUUUCCAGCAAACUAUGUGGAGGAGGAUUAUUCAGAUUACUGCUGACCUGGCUUCAGAGGAGCCAUGUGUGUGUGCAUGGGCCUGUAUAACACCUUGUGUCUCCACUGUUUGUGUAUACCAAUCAGUGUGACUGUGUGUGUGUGUGAGAGAGAGGGGUGUCGUUUACUGUGUUACUGUGACCUGAAGUUGCCUAGCGUUGCAAAUAAAAUUAAA